GUUCUCUUUCAUAUUUGAGCGUUUUUGGGUGGUGCAAAGCUGCACUUGUAAAUUUUGUUAAAGGCGUAAAAUUUUUUAAAGAAAUGUCUUGGCAAGCAUAUGUAGACAACCAAAUUUGUGCUCAAGUAUCAUGUAGAUUAGCUGCCAUAGCAGGUUUACAAGAUGGAGCUAUUUGGGCCAAAUUUGAGAAAGAUUCAAGCGUAACGCCGGUUACACAACAAGAAUUAAAAGUAAUUGCUGACACUAUGAGAACCAAUCCAGGUUCUUUCACAGAAUCCGGUAUUUAUCUCGGGGGUGACAAGUAUUUCUGCCUGUCAGCUGAAAAUACUUUAAUCAGAGGCCGAAAAGGAAGCUCAGCAUUAUGUAUUGUUGCCACUAAUACUUGUCUCUUAGUUGCUGCAACAACUGAUGGAUUUCCUCCAGGACAGCUGAAUACAGUUGUCGAGAAACUAGGAGAUUAUCUUCGAACCAAUAACUAUUAGGUUGAUCGCCAUUCACCCCCUUUAUGUUUGAAAGAAUCUUCCACGAAGACUUCCAGCUUGUGGCAUUAUCUGUGUGUUAGAGGAGGGAAUACAUAUCCUGUCUCCCCUUCUCCUGGAGUCCCACAACAAAAAAUAUUCAUCUGUGAAUUGUUCUUAAUUAACAGUUAUAAAUUUCUAAUAUCGAGUAACUUUUCCAUUUUUGUACUUAAUUCUUUUUGAUAUACUACCUGCUUGCUUAUGUUACCAUGUUGUGGAAAGAGCUAGUCACCAACUUGAGUUCAAGUGGCCAUUUUAACUGUAGUGGAGGAGUUUAAAUUUUGAAUUAUGGAAUAAAUUUGAAGGGGGGUGAAAGCAGGUAAUCUUUAUAGUGAACUGUGCUAUUGUUUUUUCAAAAGUAAUUAGUGUAUUAGAAAAAACAUUAAAAUCAUACCCGUUUAGUGAAUAUAUUUGCAUUGCUAAUGAUGAAAAUCAAUGUUCGUGUUAGUGUUUGAUGCUGCAUUUUAUAUAGGUUUUUGUCGAGCAUAGGUUUUUCAUACAAUUUUGUUAUAAAAAGAAAUUGUGCCCAUUUUAUAUUGCCUUAAAGAUCUGUUUAAUUGGAUAUUUGAGCCUAUUUAAAUUAUAUUAAACUUUUGUAUUGAAGUAAUCAUCUUAAAUUUGGAAUGAGAUUAUUUUAUAAGUAUAAAAAUAAGAAAUUGAACUUUUAAUUGGCUUGCUGUUUUUCAUUAAACAUGUAACAUUCCAUUGGAUUUUUACUGCUUUCGUGGCAUGUAUCAUUAAGUCUCAGUGCAUUCUGAUAUUAAAUAUCCCUAAACCUGCUUUUUGUAAAUCGGUGCACCCUCUGGGUUCAAUAAAAGAUGUCAUUCCAAAAA